AUCAGCUGACUGUAUAUCAUACCUUUUAGCAACUCCCACUCCUUCCGCCACCUCGAAUGGGCGGUCAUCAGCUCUGCCCAGCACGUCACCGUCUCGAGGCCAAUCAGCUUACUGCUUCGAGUCAACAGUCGGGGCUUUGUGUGCCCUCCCAGUUUCAGAAGUACCAAAAUAACUCUUGGAAUGCUGUCUUCUCACCGAAGUUCCUGUGCACGCGCGUACACAUCUUUCUCUGUGCUUCACUCCUCACUGUCGGUCUCACACCCGGCCAUCACCCCGGCUACGGACGUUGAUAUAUCUGACAUCUGGAUCAACGCGUUCACUGCCCGCGUAGGUGCACCCUCGUCUUCAACGCAGUCGGUGAAGAACAAGUACGUCAGCAUCGGUUCUCUGACCAAACUUCUCUCGUGUCCCGUCAACCACUUUGAUCCUGUCGUCAGAACGGGGAACACGCAAGAUGUGUUCGAUCUGACACACUCUCCUCAUCUUGGAGACUUAUGUAUUACAUGCAAGACGAAAUUUUUCGGAGAUAUGCUGAUAGUGGUCAAGACGAGAAAAGCCUUGGAGGAAUUUGGAUGUCAGAUUGUGGUACCGGGAAAAGAUAAUGCGCUGCUUUGGAAGGAGAGUAUUCGUGCGCCAGGUUAAUGAUGCGGUUUCGUGUUAUGUCGUGAGGGUACUGACAAUCCCGUCGUGUGGUGAUUUUGUACACUUUUUUUUAUUGCAUAUGAGUACUGUCUGCUGACCCAGCUAUUC